GCCCCGUGCCAACACCGAUACGAUGGUUAGCUGAAGCGCGUGCUCCGUGCCAACACUGGUGUUGGACUGUUGGGUGAAGCGCAUGCUCUGUGACGACUCUCCCGGUUUGACUGCUUUUGGCGGGAUCCCCCCCUUGACUGUGUCCCGGUUUCCUUCGCUCCCUGAUUCCGUUCGUCAUGGUGGAAGGGCCUGGUUGUACACUAAAUGGAGAGAAGAUCAGGAGCCGAGUGAAGAAAGGGCAGCGAGUUGUGGAGCUGAGGGGGAAUGUGGUGAGUGAAGGGGCGGUGUUGGUUGAGAGGAGCACAUCUGAUUGUGAACAGAAAGUAAAAUUGUUGGAAGAAUUGGAUGUUUGCUCAGCGAGGUUCAGUUAUUCCCGAGCUGAGAAUGAAUUGAAGCAACAUGGUGCCCGCAUGAUCUGUGAUGUGCUGUUGGACCAGACUGUGUUUCCUGGAGUGGGAAAUAUUAUUAAAAAUGAAUCCAUGUUUGAUAGCAGCUUACAUCCUACUGUGAAGAUUUGGCGCUUAUCAGCUGAACAAAUACACCAUCUUGUAAAAGUGAUACGUGACUUCACAAUUCUGUUCUAUAAGUGUCGUAAGAUGGGAUCAGCUUUGUAUAAGCAUUAUAAAGUAUACAAGCGUUCCUCAUGUGGACAGUGCAAUGGUAAAAUCACUAUCUGCCGUCUUGGGGAGAACAAACGAAUGACAUAUUUCUGCUCGUGCUGUCAGAAGGAAGAUCCCUGCCAGAUUAACAUUAGUAAUUUGCCUAAACGGAAUAGCCUGAUGGGAUGGGCACAUGCCUUUGGAGAACAUUCUAUUGACACCGUUGCCAAAAAAGAGGAGGAAGAAUGGACCUGUUCACUUUGUACAUUAAUAAAUGCACCAUCAGCUAAAUCAUGUAAUGCCUGCUUGACGCCAAGGCCUAUGAAUGAACCUUCGUUUCCGAUGUCUGACUUCAACAAUGAUCUCAUAAAAUACCCAUGCAAUAGUUUUGAGAAGCCAAAGAUUGAGUGGAAACUAAAUCGAAAGGCAGUGUUUGGUACAACAACAUUAGUUCUCACAUCACUAAGGAGCCCUGGAGAAAGCCCCGGAUCCACUGCCUCAGUUGGUGAUGAAAUGAAAAGGAAGACACCGUUAUCACAUGGAAACACUUCACGCCAAGCUUUUCCUUUGAUUAAGAGUAGUUCUGCAAAUACGAUGGGCUCAAAUCUGAAAAUGAAUGGCUAUGCAAACCAAAUGGCCAACGAUUCAAUAGCUUCUAGUUGUACGAACCAAAGUUUCUUUCAUCAACCUCCCAAAAGAAUUAAAACAGACCAUAGUUUAUCUUUUGAAUCCCAGAGAAGUGAUAAAAUUUCUGUUUUCAGGAAUGCUGUUAGUAUGAAUGAUGAUACUGCUGCUGUAAAUCCUGAAACCCCAUGUUGCAAAAAGCAUAGUCGUCCCUGCACAUUAAGACUGGUCAAGAAAGAAGGAGACAACGAAGGGAGGCAGUUCUACGUGUGCUCCCUUCCUCAAGAAUCCCAGUGUGACUACUUCCAAUGGGCUGACUUACAUUUUCCAUUAUGCAAUCAUGGAAAGCGAUGUAUCAUGAGAAGAGUGCUGAAACUUGGCCCCAAUAACGGACGUAAUUUUUAUGUGUGCUCACAAGGAAUAGGAAAGCAGUGUAAUUUCUUUCAAUGGGCAGAGAAUGGAUCAAGCAUCAAGAUUAUUCCAGGCAGCUGAAACUCCACCAGUACCACCGAGGCAAGCAUGUAUGGAAUAGCUUUACUGAUCCAAGCACAAGAAAAUGAAGAAAUCUUUGACUUACAAUUUAAAGUGUUAUAAAAAUGUAUAACUGUUUCUGAUAUCUUUAUUUUGAAUCAAGAUUAUGUUUAUUCCUCCCACCAUUCCUAACUUUCCGUCAGCCCUGAGCACGUCAAGUGAAUUUCUCGAAAUUAGUAUUUUUUUAAGUAAUGUCUUUUUAUCUUUAUUUUAUUUCUGUAUCAUUCUGUAAUAUGUUUCAAUAGAUGAGAUCCUCUUUGUCACCUGGCUUGUUCUGCAUAUCUUUGUAAUAAGGAUUAAUAAAUUGAAGAAUCUGUUUUAAACACACUGAUUUUAUAGGUUGUUAAAAGUGUAAUGAGCAACAGAAUGAGAAUUUUUUUCACUCCUAUGCCUGAAAUUUCAGAUUCUGACCUGAUCCAAGAAUUAUGUACCUCUGUAAGGUCUGUAGAUUUCAUCUUGCCCCUUCUGUAUGAUCACCCUGAGUUUUCAUUCAGAAGGGUCUGAUGAGGC